GUAUCACACUGUCUAUUUGCUAAACUUUACACUUUCUAACAAACAUAUACACUAAUUUAGUGAUUAUAAAUUCAUAUACAUAACUUAUCGGUUCGAUCUAGUUUCUUAAUCAAUUUAUUUUAAUUAAUCUAAAUCAAAUCAAAUAUCAUCAAUUUUAAAACUUAAAUCCAAACCAAAACCAAACCAGUUUGUUUAAUCAAUUUGGUUCGAUUUGGGUUUUGGACUUUUGCUAUUAGAUUAGAUUGAAGUAUAUCUGGGGGGCUUUAUCGAACUUUACAAUAUUGAAUAGGGACCUGUCUAUCAAAGUUAUAUACUCCCUCUUUUAGAACUAGCUAGGGUUUUAUCAUCUCUUCUACAUUGUUCUACUCUUUUCUCGCCGCCGGAAAGUUGUUUAACUUGUUAUCCAUACAUAUCAACAGCAAUGGUAGGUUUUGAACUUGGCUCCGUUCCGUUCAAUUCCGACGGAUGGGGUCCACCGGAUUCCUCCCUCUCCGUUACUAACCAAAUCUCUAAUGCCCCUUUUGCCCCUUUCUCCCGCUCCGACAAGAUCGGCCGGAUCGCUGACUGGACCCGGUCCAUUUCAAACCGACCCGGAUCCAACUCCAAGCAAAACCCUACUGAUUCCGCUUUCGAUUUUUCCGGUGACGACUCGUUUGCUACUCUGGCCGCUGAUGAGGACUCGUCGUUCCGUCUCGUUGAUACUGCUGCUAAGUCUCAUCAUCAUGGACAGCACCGUCCAAAGUUUAACCCUAGGUGGAGGUUUAAUCCUCAUCAUAACCGUUCUCAGCUUCCCCAGCGUAGGGAUGAGGAAGUCGAGGCGAAGAAGCGUGAGCAGGAGAAGGAAAGAGCUCGAAGGGAUCGGUUGUACAAUCUCAAUCGUUCGGGAACCAAUGCUGGGCAGAGAAGGGAAUCUGCGGUGUUCAAGUCGUCUGUUGAUAUUCAGCCUGAAUGGAAUAUGCUUGAUCAGAUCCCGUUUUCGACUUUCUCUAAGCUUGCGUUCUCCGUUCCUGAGCCUGAAGACUUGCUAAUAUGUGGUGGCCUUGAGUUCUACGACCGGUCUUAUGAUCGAAUUACUCCGAAGAAUGAACGGCGUCUUGAGAGGUUUAAGAACAGGAAUUUCUUCAAGAUUACUACUACUGAUGAUCCUGUUAUUCGUCGGUUGGCUAAUGAGGAUAAAGCUACUGUUUUCGCGACAGAUACGAUUCUGUCUACCUUAAUGUGUGCUCCUAGGUCUGUUUACUCAUGGGAUAUUGUUGUUCAUCGUGUUGGGAAUAAGUUGUUUUUCGAUAAGCGGGAUGGGUCGCAACUGGAUUUGCUUUCUGUUCACGAAACUUCGCAAGAACCAUUGCCUGAUGUGAAGGAUGAUAUCAAUUCAGCCUAUUCAUUGAGCGUUGAGGCUGCUUAUAUUAAUCAGAAUUUCUCGCAACAGGUGCUGAUUAGAGAUGGGAAAAAGUUGAGUUAUGAUGAGCCAAACCCGUUUGCGACUGAAGGGGAAGAGGUGGCAUCAGUGGGUUACAGAUACAGGAGGUGGAAGUUGGAUGAUGAUACGUUUUUGGUGGCGCGAUGUGAAGUGCAGAGUGUGGCUGAAGUGAACAAUCAGAGAUCAUUCUUGACUCUGAAUGCCUUGAAUGAGUUUGAUCCAAAGUACUCUGGGGUUGAUUGGAGGCAGAAGCUGGAGACACAAAGGGGUGCUGUGUUAGCUACUGAGUUGAAGAACAAUGCUAAUAAGCUUGCGAAAUGGACUGCACAAGCACUGUUAGCUAAUGCUGAUAUGAUGAAGUUGGGUUAUGUAUCAAGAGUUCAUCCUAGGGAUCAUUUUAACCAUGUAAUAUUAGCUGUUGUAGGAUAUAAGCCUAAGGACUUCGCUACACAAAUUAAUUUGAACACAUCAAACAUGUGGGGUAUUGUGAAAAGUAUUGUGGACUUGUGUAUGAAGUUGAAUGAAGGGAAAUAUGUGCUUGUUAAGGACCCAACCAAGCCACAGGUUCGAAUUUAUGAAGUCCCUCCAGAUGCAUUUGAGAAUGACUAUGUUGAGGAGCCUUUGCCCGAAGAUGAACAGGUCCAGCCUCCCGCCGAGGACGCACAAGGCCCAGAGGCAAAUGCGGCUGCAACUGAAGUAGAGGAUAAGGAAGUUAGCACUGAAGCUGCAUAAGGGUUGUCAGGGACUGAAGUGAUACUUCUUGAUCCUCAUGUAGAUCUUCACCUUGUUCUUAUCAUCAACAGCUUUUUGAGGUGACUCUGCACUUUUGUCUGUCCGAUUAGAUUAGAAACGGGAAGGCAUUUUGUCGAGAGAUUUUUACCAUUUUAUCAAACUUGUUCGGCUUCGUUUCUCUCCUGUUGUGGUUUUGAUGAUUAUGGACCUUUCGUCAUGGUUAAUUUUGUAAUAGGAUUCCCUUUUACUUUAAUGUUUUGAAACACCUUUUGAUUAUAUAUUUGAUACUGAGAUGUAAUAGAUUAUUGUUGCAUCUGCAAUUAGUUAAUUAUGCA